CGCGCCGCCCCGUAGCCGGCUUUGUGCCGCGGGGGCUGCUGGGAAGUGUAGGCGGAAGAGGCCCGGUCGGCACGAUGGAUGCCCUGCACACCGCCGGGAUCCGCUUCGCAGAAGCGCUGCAGUCCGGGCCACCCUGGCUGGAAAAGUUCUGGAUCUCGGUGACCUCCCUGGCCGAUCCCAAAAGUAUCUUCACCGUCUGUUUCCCGCUCGCCUAUUUUCUCGACCGCAAGGUGGGGGUGUCGGUGCUGUGGAUCGGCCUGGUGUCGGAGUGGCUCAACGUGGUCCUCAAAUGGUUCUUAUUCGGGGAGCGCCCGUUCUGGUGGGUCCAUGAGUCAGGGCUCGCCAGCAAGGAGCUGGUCACGCUGCGCCAGUUCCCUGUCUCCUGCGAAACGGGACCGGGGAGCCCCUCCGGCCACUGCAUGAUCACGGGGGCAGCCCUCUGGCCGCUCGUCACCGCUCUGACGGCGCUGGCAUCCAGACACUCCAGGAGCCUGGUGGUGAACCUGACCCCCUUCGGCGCCUACACCCUGCUCCAGCUGGCCGUGGGGCUCUCGCGGGUCUUUGUCCUGGCCCACUUCCCCCAUCAGGUGGUCGGUGGCAUCCUGGCAGGGGCAGCCCUGGGCUGGGGGCUCCAGGCUCACACCCCGGCCACCUGCACCUCGGGCUUCUUCAUGGCCGCCGCGCUGGCCCUGCUGCUCAGCUCCCUUGCCCUGCACAGCCUGGUGAUCGCUGCCGGCAUCGACAUCGACUGGUCCAUCCGCCUGGCCACCAAAUGGUGCUCCGAUCCUGCCUGGCUCCGCCUCGACACCCGGCCCUUCGCUUCCAUCUGCCGCGACACCGGCAGUGCCCUGGGGCUGGGGCUGGCCGCUGGCUUCCCCCUGCACCGGGGGGAGCCGCUGGACCCCUGGCAACGCGUGGCCGGUGCCGUGCUGGCCUUGGUGGCCAUACAGGGCCUGCACCGGCUUCUCCAGCCCACGGACGCGACCCUGUGGUACGGCACCAGCUUUCUCAAGUACGCCGCCGGGCCCUGGCUGGUGGCAUCUCUCCUGCCCUGGCUCGUCCUCUCCCUCGCCCGCCCACGGGGCUCCCCCCACGCCGAGUAGGGGUCCCCACCGUGUCACGGUUAGUCCUGCACCCCCCCUCCUGGCUUUGCCCUUGGCUGUGCCCAUCGCCGGUGGCUCCUGGCCUGAGCUCAGCCACCGGCUCCAUACCAGGAGGGCAUCCACAGUCCCCCCUUGGGACCACAGGCCAGUUGUUUCACCCUCGCUGCCCUAACAGCGCUGCUCCCCCCCCAGGACAGCGGGGACCCCCCCCCGGCGUGGGGCAGGCAGGGGGCACAGUGACAGGCAGGUGGCAGAGCUGGGGGUGCCCCGUGCCCAGCAGGUCUGGGGACACGGCGUAGGGACGGUCCCAACCUUGGGGUCGCUGACAAAUGGCACCACCUUCCACUCCCCCCACCUCGGCCCCCUUCCGGGUGCCCCAGUUCUCCCAGUUCAGUUUCCCCCUCUGGGGCAGGGAGGGGAAGGGGCCAGGACCCCCCCAUGCCGGGAUUCCCACUGUACCUCAGUGGCUGGAGGGGCCACCCCAUUUCUAACCAAAUAAAAACACCGUUACCAACCUGCCGGCCCCCGAGUCCUUCAAAAAGGGGGGGGGCACAGGCAG